AAUACAACUAACGCAGUGAGAGGAAAGAGAUAGGAAAAUGGCCCUCGAUAAUUUAAUUUUCGCUCAAUGUAUCCUAUAUUUCUUGGCGUUUGUGUUUGGGUUUAUUGCCGUUGUGCCUCUUUCCGAAAAUACGGAGGAUUUUCAUGGAAAAUGUUUGCUUUUCACGCGUGGCAUGUGGCAGAAUGAGAACAUUACAGUCUCGAAGCAGCGCUUCAUCGUUGAUGAGUGGGGACCGGAGUCUUCCUGCAGUUUCAUCACUUUUGUCGGGAUAGCAUCUCUCAUCCUGUCCGCAGUGCAGGCAUGGAGGCUGCUGUUCUUUCUUUGCAAAGGCCACGACGAUUCCCUGUUCAAUGCCUUUCUGAACCUGGUGAUCAGCACCCUGGUGGUAUUCACAGUGUUCCUCUCCAGCACCAUAGUCAGUCUGGGCUUCAACCUGUGGUGUGAUGCCAUCACAGAGGGAGGGAGCAUGCCCAGCAGCUGUGAAGACCUGCAGGAUACUGAUCUGGAGUUAGGCCUGGACAAUUCUUCCUUCUAUGACCAGUUUGCCAUUGCCCAGUUUGGUUUGUGGGCGGCGUGGCUGACGUGGCUGGGUAUCGCCGUCAUGGCCUUCCUCAAGGUGUACCACAAUUACCGCCAGGAGGACCUUCUGGACAGCCUGAUCCACGAGAAGGAGCUACUGCUGGGACGCUCGUCCCCACGGGGCUCUGACAGCGGCCAGAUGAAGAGUGGCAUGAUCUGAACUCCGGAGGGGACACGUGCACAUUAUUAAAACAUAUCCUCUACCUGUCCCAACUGCCAUCGUAGAUAGGCCAGUCCCUGUCCAUCUAUACACAAACAAAUGAAGAUUCCAGCUGUGUUUAGAGCGCAUUGUUAUGCCUUGUGUGGAUAUACUCGGAUAUACGUAGGUUGCCUAGUUUUCUUGUUGAAAACGCUGCUGUUGACAGUAAAGCUCUGUAAGGUGAAGAGAUGCUGGCUGUAUUGUGGAGCCCAUAUGAUCCACUUGUCCAUUUGCAAAUGUGGUUAAUGAAUUGCUGCUGACUUGCCUUCCUCUUCAAGGCACACGAUGCACUGUAUGUUAGUGUAGUGAAUCAUGAGCAUUUAAUGAGAAUAUACUGUACCAUAAUUGGUGUAUUGAGACUUCUUGUUUCUUUGCCUGACUCCCCAUUUAGCUGCACACUGAUGAUGACUCACACAGGGUGGGAACUGACUGCUAAUAUCUGUAUUUUUGGUUUCUUUUUGUUUUUGGUAUGAACUGUGCAUGUAGGAAGUGUGGGUGUCAUUUUUUUAUGUUGGGCAAUAUUUUUUUUUGUAACGAUCCAUUACUUUAAUGAUAGGCUUUCAGUAUUGUGUGAAUUCUUUGAACGCAUGCAGCCAGAAUAUAAUGUGUGCUAUGCUGUAUAUUAUGCACUAUAUAUAAUUACCAAAUAUUAUUUUGUGCAAAUGAAAACUGUACUUUGUAAGAGAUGUAUGUUCAAUGAACUAUAGGAAUGACCAGUAUACAGAAUAUCUCAGGUUACAUUGCCUGAAAGUCAAAUAACUAGCUAAAACAAUAUACCUGAUCAUCCUGAUAACCAGAAAAUCUCAGACUUGCCCUACUGGUUUUAUAAACCACGACUAACCAGUACAUUUCCCCAAAUUCUUAUAAACAUUGACAGCAAUGUACAACAUGAUCAUUAUAAACUGUCUGAUUCUAAUUCUAAAUGCUGAUUGGUUAAAAGCAGUGGUGUAUACCUCUGGUAUGACAUCCCACAACUUCUAAUUAUUAUAAUCACGUUUGUAACUCAUUGAUGAAAGCACUAAGGGAUUUCAGAGGUUUGUGGUUUAUUACCAAAAUACCAUUGCUAUGUGCUGUAUCAAGGCACUCCAUGAUGUGUUGUGCCUAAGCCAUGGUAUAUUGACCAUAUACAACUUCCCCUGAUGCUUUAUUGUUCAAUUAAAAUAGGCUGACAUUAUCCAAGGCCAGAUCUGUUCACUUUUACCAUCAGUUCUCUGAUGCACACACUCGAUCGCGCUCACACACAUAUACUGUACAACAAUAUAAUAGCCUAGUGAAUUGGGUAUGUAAUGACAGUUUUAUUUAAAAUAAUUAAAAUAAAAAAGAUAGAAACAAAUAAGUCCUUCUAAAAGGCACUUCAAUCAAAGUGACCGAAUACAUAUUGUCAGCAGUGAAGUGAAGCUACUAGUCAAAAUCUUCAGAUACAGUACAGACCAUGUUGACUUGCUGGGUAUUUUUUAUUGCUAAUGACAGCCAUUUGGGAGUGCAGUGCAAACCUUCAGAGUAUUUCUUCCAUUCAGACAGUGGUUCCAACAUAUUGCUGACUCUUUCCCAUAAUUGUGUCCUCUGAAACAUUUGACAUUGUUUAAAUAAUGUGUAAUUCAAAACAAUGUAUUGUGUUGCAUUUGACAGUUUCAGAGGUAUAUGAUAAGUACUUUGCCCUUUAGAGCUUAGUCCAUUUAAAUAACUUGAAUAUCUAUAUUUGAAUGAUGUUAUUACUGAAGGUGUCCUUCUAUUUCUGGAUCAUAACACAGACCAAUUGAUUGUACAUUUGUACAUUUCUUUACUUUGCAUCAUAAAAAUCCACUCUUAUUUGAAGUACAUUAUAAAAUCUGACAUGAUCUGAAACGUUUAAGACCCUGUGCAGUUUUUAAAUCACCAAUACAUGUCUAAUAAAACACUGUGUAUUCUUA